ACACACACCUACAAAGAAAAAAACCCUUCUCUCUCCAAUAAUUACCCUAUACAUUCCCUUCAAAAUCAAACACAUUCCUAUAAACUAAACUCCAUAUCAUAUCACACUACUCACUCACUCACCGAUUAACAAACGGUGCCCCCAAACACGCACACACCCCUCUCACCACUUCACCAAACUCUUCUUCUUAAAAAAACCUCUUCCUAGAUUCUUGUUCCAACAAAAAAAAAAACAUGAGAUUCUCCAACCGCAGGUUGCUCCUACAGUACGAGGAUGUUCCAAUCUCAACACCUCCUCAAAUCCAACCCACCAACUCCAAAGCAUCCUCACCCUCCAUUCCAACCAUUCCAUCAAAAACCAUCACAAGCCCUUUGAGUCUACCACUACCGUUACAUCCGAUUUUCUCUUCCAACGUAGCCUACUCCUUCCUCCUCAUCUUCUCCAUCUUCUUCUUCGCGGCCUUCGUCAUCUUGUCCAUCCGUGAAGUCUCGUCCCGGCGGCGGCGUGGCAUCCCUCCGCGACGGGGGCUGGAUCCCGCCGCCGUGAAGGCUCUGCCGGUUUGUUUGUACGAGGAGGAUACGAAGCAGCCGGACUGUGCGAUUUGUUUGGAGGAGUUUCGAGAGUGUGAGGAAGUGAAGAUGGUUCCGUACUGUUCGCACGUGUUUCAUCCGGAAUGUAUUGACGCGUGGCUUUCUGCGCACGUGACUUGUCCUAUUUGCAGGUGCGUUAUUAAAGUGUGCGGUGGGAGUGUCGAUCAAAAUGCUGGAAGAUCAACGGUGGAGAAUGGAAGUUGAAAUAGGAUUUGGGAAGAUUGACGGUGGAGAAUGGAAGUUGGAUUAGAAUUAGGUAAGAUCAACGGUGGAGAAUGGAAGGUGAAUAGGUAUUAGGGACUGUAGUUACAACAUUGACUUAAAGCCUAUUGUAGUUACAACACGGUCAUGUGUUUGGGGCUUUGAGCAGUUAUUAAUUUAUUAUUAAUUUCCUAAUUGUCAUUAUUUUUGUUCUUAUCCUGUUAAUUAUGUAGAUUUGUGAUUGACCGAAAUAAUUAAAUUUAUUUAAGGAUAAAUUAGAUAUUUUUUAUUUUAUAUUUUAUUAUUGGUCAAAUGUAUUAUUUGAUAUUUUCAAUUUUAAAUUUAUAAUGGGUGAAUCUUAA